AUGCAGCAGGACGACGAUUUUCAAACUUUUGUAGCUACCUUGGAAUCAUUCAAAGAUUUAAAAUCUGGUAUUUCAGGUUCUCGUAUUAAGAAACUAACCACUUACGCACUUGAUCACAUUGAUAUCGAAUCAAAAAUCAUAUCUCUGAUAAUAGACUACUCAAGACUUUGCCCCGACUCUCAUAAAUUAGGUUCUUUAUAUAUCAUUGAUUCAAUAGGUAGAGCUUACUUGGACGAAACAAGAUCAACGAACACGACAAGUGCAAACAACAAGUCCGGCACUUGUACCCAUGCCAUAAACACACUAGGCGAAGUAAUCCAAGAACUGCUAUCCGAUGCUAUCGCAAAGAGCAAUCAAGACCACAAGGAAAAAAUCCGUAUGCUUUUGGACAUUUGGGAUAGAUCCGGCUUGUUUCAAAAGAGUUAUUUGAAUGCCAUCAGGUCGAAAUGUUUUGCCAUGGACAUAACAAAUAACACCACCGCUCCCCCACAACAGUUGUCAUCGGACCCCAGGCAGAGGUCGAAACAGAUUUUGUCGAAUUUAAAGGCAACUCCUCCCUUAAACUUGACCAUAAAUGUACCAACGAGUUUAACUUCCGCAGAUCCAGCUAAACAACAAGCCGCUUUAUUCCAACUAAUAGCUGCCUUGCAACAGCACUUCAAUCCUUCUUCUUCCUCUUCUUCGUCUGCGCCCACGACCGUUGUUCCGCCAUCGGAAACACAUACAAUUACUGAGUACGGUAGCAGACGUGAACGUGAAAGAGAAAGAGAAAGAUACAGCUCCAGGAGGAAUAGAUCGAGAUCCCCUCCUCCACCUCUUCCCCAACCAUCCGCCGCUAGAAAGGACCGCUACCCAUCUGUAGCUCAGGACCAAUACAGUAUAGGCGCCCCAAAUACGACCUUUGGCACAAACAACCAUCAUUUAUACCCGGAUGAACUUAACGUUUCCAACAACCCUCAUUAUAGACCCAAACCCGUGAGCUACGACUCCACGUUGCCACCAGAUCAUAUCAAAGUGUACAGUCGUACCUUGUUCAUCGGCGGUGUCCCACAAAAUAUGAAAGAAUGGGAUUUGGCCAACGUCUUAAGGCCCUUCGCUGAAGUGCAAAGCGUUAUUUUGAACAAUUCCAGGAAACAUGCCUUUGUCAAAGUUUAUUCAAGACACGAAGCUGAGAACGUCUUGCAACAUUUUAAUAAAGAUGGUGCUUUGCCGUUAAGAACUAGAUGGGGGGUCGGUUUUGGCCCAAGAGACUGUUGUGAUUACCAGCACGGUUACAGCAUCAUUCCCAUGCACAGGCUCACGGAUGCUGAUAAAAAGUGGUCUGUAAGUGCCCAAUGGGGGGGUACUUCCGGUCAACCUCUAGUUACUGGUAUUGUAUUCGAAGAGCCUGAUAUCAUCGUGGGCGAAGGUGUCUCUUCCAAGGCAAUCUCUCAAAAGAUGCCCACCGAUUCCGGUAGAAACGGUCCUCGUUCCGGGAAACCUAAUAAAUCAGGAAGCAUAUCUUCAUUAUCUCCUGUACCUUACGGCAAUGCCUCCUUAGCGUCUCCUCCACCACAACAAUACGCGCAACCUAUAAUGCAGCAACCAUACGGUUACCCCCCUACCCAACCACUUCCACCACAAGGACCUCCACCAGCCGCUGUCCCCGUUCCCCAGCAACAACAAUUUGAUCCCACUGCUCAGCUGAAUUCUUUGAUGAAUAUGCUAAACCAACAACAGCAACAACAACAACAAAGCUAA